AUGUCGACAGUACAGCAAGUUCAAAAAUUAUUUCAAUCAAAAUUUAUUCGAACAAAAUUAGUUGAAAUGAAAGGUUUAACUCAUGUCACUGUGACUCAAUCUCAUACAAAAAAUGAUGGUAUAGAAUCGUCAACAUGUACAGAACAAAUAAUUCUUCGAUUUUUAUAUCAACAACAAUUAAAUUUAGAUUUCGACACUAUCAAUUAUACAUGUAGUUUUAAAGAAAAUUUAAUCGGAAUCGAUUGGUUUUAUUCAAAUCCAACUGUUAAUCAAACAUUAUACAUUGUGUUUGCGAAUUCAACAACAAAUUAUUGGGGAAUAAAUAUGACCGACAUAGAAGUCGAACCAAUAAUAAAUGAAUCCAAUAAAUUCAAUACUAAUUUACUAUUACUUAUCUUACCGAUUUUUAUAUUUUAUCUUAAUUUCUACUAA